UUCUUCUUAAUAAUCCUUUCUAUCUCUCUCUCUCUCUCUCUCUUUAAAAAACACGGUUUUUGAUCAUCAUCUUCUUCUGAAUCAUAAACAAAAAGAAGCUUCAGAGAGAGAGACAGAGAGUGCGUUGAUUGAAAACAUGGACGAGAAUUCAGCUCUAAUCCAAGCCAUUCUCAGGGAGCAAGAAGAAGAUGAAGAAGCUCAUAGAAGAAGGACCCUCCAAAUACUAAACAACAACAAAAACAAUAAAAACCAUAACGAAUGGCAAACGGUGUCGUAUCACAAGCGCAACCGUAACAAUUCCUCUUCCAAGCAGCCCCUCGCCGACGAUAAUUCCGCCGCCAACAACGGCGCCGUCAAUUCCUCCUCCGACGUCUUCCGCUCCAUCGAACAACAUUCCGAGGAGCGCCGCCGCCGUCUCCAGGAGGCUCAGAUCGCCGCCGCCGAAUCGGUGGACCCCGCUCCGAGCAGAUCGAAGCGGCAUUCCGACGAGGAAGACGACAGUGAUGUGGAACCGGCGACGGAAGCUGUUCAGAAUGGUUCUACGAAGGUGAAGAAGGUGAAGCAGAAGAAGCCUAAGGUGACGGUGGCGGAGGCCGCUUCCAAAAUCAAUUCCGAUGAUCUCGCUGCGUUUCUCGCUGAAAUCACCGCUUCGUAUGAAUCGCAGCAAGAUAUUCAGCUGAUGAGAUUUGCUGAUUACUUUGGUCGUGCGUUCUCGUCUGUUGGUGGGGCUCAAUUCCCGUGGUUUAAGACGUUCAAAGAGUCCACUGUUGCAAAGAUUGUUGAUAUCCCUCUUUUGCAUAUAUCUGAGGAUGUUUACAAAAUAUCAACUGACUGGAUUGGUCAUCGAUCAUCUGAAGCGCUUGGGUCUUUUGUGCUAUGGUCAUUCGACAGCAUUCUUACAGACCUUGCCAGUCAUCAGGGAGUUGUUAAGGGAUCUAAAAAGGUGGUCCAGCAAUCAUCACCGAAAUCUCAGGUUGCCAUAUUUGUGGUGUUAGCAAUGGUGCUUCGACGGAAACCUGAUGUCAUGAUUAGUUUAUUGUCCAUAUUAAAGGAGAGUAAUAAAUAUCAAGGACAGGAUAAACUCCCUUUCACUAUUUGGGUGAUUACACAGGCUUCUCAGGGAGAUCUAAUUGUGGGGUUGUACUUGUGGGUAUCCCUUCUUUUGCCCAUGCUGAAAGAGAAGUCUGGUUGUAAUCCACAGUCAAGAGACUUGAUAUUGCAAUUGGUUGAGAGAAUUAUCACAUUUCCUAAAGCUCGACCUAUCUUGCUAAAUGGGGCAGUCAGAAAGGGGGAGCGUGUUGUGCCCCCAUUGGCUCUUGACUCUCUAUUGAGAGUUACUUUCCCUCUUCCUUCAGCUCGGGUCAAGGCCACUGAGAGAUUUGAAGCUGUUUAUCCAACAUUAAAAGAGGUAGCCCUUGCGGGGUCCCCAGGAAGUAAAGCAACAAAGCAACUUGCACAACAGAUGUUCAGCUUUGCAAUCAAAGCUGCAGGAGAAGCCAAUCCUGGCCUAUCAAAGGAGGCAAGUGACAUUUUUAUUUGGUGUUUGACUCAGAACCCUGAAUGUUACAAGCAAUGGGAUUUGCUUUACACGGAUAACCUUGAAGCAAGUAUCGUUGUAUUGCGAAAGCUUUGUGAUGAAUGGAGGGAACACUUUGAUAAACAUCCUACUCCUGAUCCUUUGAGGGAAACUCUUAAGAGCUUCAGUCAAAUGAAUGAAAAGGCCUUGGCUAAGGAGGAUGAUGGUGCUCGCCUUGCAUUAUUGAAGGAUGCAGACAAGUACUGCAAAGUCAUUUUGGGGCGAUUGUCACAUGGUCAUGGGUGUAUGAAGAGCAUGGCAUUUGUUUCCGUUGCACUUGCUGUUGGUGCCAUUUUCAUGUCCCAGAACAUGCAUUUCUGGGAUUACAAUAAACUGUCAGAAAUGUUGAAUCUCUCCUAGGUUAACAGAGUUAUCCUUUGGCUUACUCUCUUCUCAUGCCCAGAGUGAAAGUGAAGUGUGAUGAGGAAUAUUUAAUUUAUUUUAGGCUUCAACAUAGUGAAAUUAAACAAAAAAUAGGAGGAACAAAGCCAUGGAAGCUUGCGCUGGCCAUCUC